UUCCUUUCAUUCUUCAUAUGAUAUAACUCUUCAAAGGCCAACUUCUCAAACCAUUCUGUUCGUUUGCUUUGUCUCCCCUCCUCCUCCUCUGCCAGGUUUGCCUGCAAGGAGUAAAGAUGAUCCAAGAAUUGUUGGGAGGGGUGAUGGAGGAAAGGAAGAACUCUUAUCCAGGAGGCCUUCUGAUUGAUCCCUCGUCCUCUUCUCCCACCUCUCCCGUAUCUUCCAAGUCGCGGUCCUCAUCGUCGCCGUCUCUGUCAUCGAUCACCGCAGACCAGCAGCAGCAGAAGAACCUGCGGUGCCCGCGUUGUGACUCCACCAACACCAAGUUCUGCUACUACAACAACUACAACCUGACCCAGCCACGCCACUUCUGCAAGACCUGCCGCCGGUACUGGACCAAGGGUGGCGCCCUCCGCAACGUCCCCAUCGGCGGUGGGUGCCGCAAGACCAGGGCGGUGGUUGCCAUUGCCGCUCCCGGGAUUUGUGCCAAGUCUGCAGGCGCCACCAAGACGAGGCCGGCGUCGCCCGACCUCGUCCUCAGGUCGGGUCUAGUCGGUGGACUGGAGAACGAGUUGUCGUCGACCCUGUGGCCUUCGCCACAUCCUUCCCACCUCAUCUCCCUCCUGAGGUCCAGCAGUCUCCAAAACCCUAACACCAUCCUUCAUUCUACGCCCAGCCUUCAUCUUAACUCUGCUAUAAUUGACGAAGAUAAGACUCUGCUUGGUUCACACACGGUGGCCGAUCCAGGAAGCACGCCGAAUUCAUACAGCCCAAGCUUGGAAGCCCUGAGUCAGCUUGCUUUAGGUGCUUCACCAUGGAGGAACAGCAACAACUACUCUAGCUCAUACCACCACCACCACCACCAUCACCAGCAGUCACAGCCACAAAAUGAUGACAUGUUGUUGGGUGUCACUCCAAGCUCAGAGAUCCAAGACCUGUACCAAAAGUUCAAGUCCUCGGCUAAUUACCAUAACGAGCAGCUGCAGACGGUAAUGAGCAACGUCGGUAGCUUUGGUUCUUCUUGUUCCUCCACAGCUUCGUUGAUGACCAUGGCUGGUACACUUACUAAUGCUACGGCUCCUAUCAUGGAUCACAUCCCACUCUCUGCUGGUGAAUUUGGCAACUGGAAUCCGGGCUUGGCAUGGUCUGAUCUACCCACUCUUAACGGUGCAUUCCACUAGUAGGCCUCUCUUCUAGUAUACGGAUGUAAUGUUCUUCUGUUAAAGCUUUUGUGCCGCUGUGGUGUGUUUCAGUGAUGUUUAAGAUGUCUUUAUUUUGUGCCUUUGCGGGCUGUAUUGAUCAUCGAGAUCAAUGAAGGAUUAGAUGUCGUUAUCUUUGUUC